GACAAAAAAUGCACAAAAUCAAGCCCUUUACUCAUUCUGAGUCAUUACAUUGAGAUUGCCACAACAUGUUUUGUCCCUUUCUUCAACCUCAUAUCAAUUUUCCAAAAAAACAGACACCACUUUGUCCAAAUUUGCCACCAUUUUUAACCUAAUCUUCAUCUCCUUUCUAUCACUCUAAAUUUGUUUAAAUACCCCUCCACAUGCUCUCUAAUCUUUGCUCCUUUCCCAAAACAAAUCUCACAAUAAUGACCACUCUCUCUCAAACGUAUCGAGACCACCCUCUUAUUCACCAUCACCAUAUCGUUCCUUUAGACUUUGAUUCAUUACGAACGAUUCCUGAUUCUCACGAUUGGCUCCAUUCCUCCCCUGAAACCCCUUCUUCUUCUUCUUCUUCUUCUUGUUAUCAUACUAAUGUAGAUGUUUCAAUCCCUUUGAUUGAUCUGACUGACCAUGAUGCAAUCGCGCUCAUCGGCAAUGCAUGCGAGACGUGGGGAGUGUUCCAAUUGAUCAACCACGACGUGCCAAUGAGCCUAAUAGAGAAAGCUGAAGGCGAAACGAGACGACUGUUCGAUCUUCCGAUGACACGAAAGCUGAAGGCACUUCGGACUCCAAGAGACGUCACUGGAUAUGGAUUGCCUCGAAUAACGCCAUUUUUCUCUAAGUAUAUGUGGCAUGAAGGGUUUACUAUUAUGGGGCCUCCCAUUGAUCAUGCCUCACAGCUUUGGCCUUCUAACUACCAACCGUUUUGCGAUGUGAUGGAAGAGUAUCAAAGGAAAAUGAAGGCCUUAGCGGAGCAAAUCACAAAUUUAAUCUUCAAUUACCUUAAAAUCUCCGACUGCGCAAACUGGCUCCAUUCAACCGGAGCAGCCGCCGCCUGCAGCACCGCCCUUCAACUUAACUGCUACCCGCGCUGUCCGGACCCGACUCGUGUCAUGGGCUUGGCCCCACACACCGACACGUUUCUAUUGACCAUCCUCCACCAGACCCGCACCUGCGGCCUCCAAAUUUUCAGGGAUGGGUCCGGCUGGGUACCGGUGGCGCCGCUACCCGGUGCGCUGGUCCUCAACGUCGGGGACUUGUUCCACAUCCUUUCCAAUGGGCGGUUCCCGAAUGUUUUACACCGGGUCGUUGUUGACCCGACUCAACGCCGGCUGUCUAUGGCUUAUUUCUACGGGCCGCCACCGGAUUUCUGUGUAUCGCCGUUGAAUGAUCCACCGGAAACUCCCUGUUACCGGCCUGUGGUGGUGAAGGAUUAUGUUCGGUUGAAGGCCAAGAAUCUCGAAAAUGCCCUUUCAAUGAUCCGACUAUGAAUUAUAUUAUGAUAUUUUGAAUUUGUAUACCAUAAUGAUAUGUAUUGCUAAUUUGUUUAUAUGUUUUUCUUUUUCCUAGUGUAAAAUGUUGGCUACAUUGAGAUUAAUAAAAGGAAUUUUCUUUUAA